AUGAGUAGCACAACAAAGCAUAAGAAGUUUGGCGAGGAUGAAGAAAAUGUAGAACUACCCCCAGUGGUAGAGAAGAAGGCGAUAAUUACCAGCGACCAUGACAGUGACAGUGAUGACGAUGAUGCACCAGAGGAAGAGGGUACUUCCAACGCAAAGGAAUCUGUAGAGAGUGAAAUAAAGAAGAGGGAAGAAGCCUUAAAGUUGGAACAGCAACUGGCAAAGGAAAAAAGAAGGAAACAAGAUACAAAAUUCAAAGAACAACAACAUGAGAAGAAACUAAGAGAAAAGGAAGAAGAAGAAGAAAGACAAAGAUUACAGCAGCAACAUCAAGAAGAAAAUCUCGAGGAAUUACCUCAAGACUUCUUUUCAAAGUUAGAAAAUUCCGAAGCCAUUUCUCAAGUCUCGAAAACCUUACCCACGCGUAUUAAUUUCAAUGAAAUAGACGGCAAUGAUUAUCUUCCUGAAGUGAAGAAGGAGCUUGCUAAAAAGAGGAAGAAUACUUUGAAAAAACUUAGAGCUACAACUCUCAACAAAGGACCUGUAAGCGUUUCUCUCCUGCCAUCAUCAACAUCAUCUAGAGUAAUGGCCCCAAAAAGAGAAAACGGAAUCAUGAAAUCGAAGGAUAAAUGGUUGAAAAGAAGAUCAAUUAAUAGAAAAUAG